AUGUAGGCAUAGUUUGGAGAUAUUAAAGAAAUUAAAAAUAAAAAAGAAGUAUUCUCAUUUGCAUCGGAACUACUAAGAAAUAGAUAUGUUCCAUCUUAAUUUGAAGAAGGCAUUGAGAAUGAUAAUUUUGCAUAUACGAUUAAAAUUGAUUACAUCAAUUUAAGAUUCUCUGAAUUUUUUGGACACUGGUAUCAUGUUUGAAUAUCUAAAUAGGGAUGUGAAUUGUAUUAAAUCUCAUAAUUUAGUCUUAAUGACAAGAAGUCAAGUUCUGAACAAUCUUGCAAUAUGCAAAACUGCUAAAAAAGUGAAUUGGAAAAACAAUGAGGUCAGGGCUUUUACCUUUUAUUGA